CUUCCCCUUCCCUGCCCCCUUCCCCCACCCCCGACUCACGCUGCGAGCGGCGGCCAGAGAAACCCCGAGCCCAGACCUUUCAGAGGACCACAGUCUUCCUGUGAUAGCGCGGUGGCUGUCUGCAACCAGCCCUGAGCCAGGCCCCUCAGCUGGAGGAUGGAGAACUCCUCCGCAGCGUCGGCCUCCUCCGAGGCCGGGAGCAGCCGCUCCCAGGAGAUCGAGGAGCUGGAGCGCUUCAUCGACAGCUAUGUGCUCGAGUACCAGGUGCAGGGGCUGCUGGCAGACAAGACGGAGGGAGACGGUGAGAGCGAGAAGACGCAGUCCCACAUCUCCCAGGAGGAAGCGCUCAAUGGUGGACCACCCAUGAAAGGCUUAUCAGAAUGGACGGCGGACUGCAGCGACCAGCUGGACAGCAGCUGUUCCUUCUCCCGAGGGCGAGCCCCCCCACAGCAGAACGGCAGCAAAGAGAACUCCCUGGACAUGCUGGGCACAGACAUCUGGGCUGCCAACACCUUUGAGUCCUUCAGUGGUGCCACCUGGGACCUGCAGCCUGAAAAGCUGGACUUCACCCAGUUCCACCGCAAGAUUCGACACAUGCCCAAGCAGCCCCUGCCACACAUCGACCGUGAAGGGUGUGGCAAAGGAAAGCUGGAGGACGGGGAUGGGAUCGACCUGAAUGACAUCGAGAAGGUCCUCCCGGCCUGGCAGGGCUACCACCCGAUGCCUCAUGAAGUGGAGAUCGCGCACACGAAGAAGUUGUUCCGGAGGAGGAGAAAUGACCGAAGACGGCAGCAGAGACCUCCAGGAGGGAACAAGCCCCAGCAGCAUGGUGACCACCAGCCGGGCAGUGCCAAACACAACAGGGACCAUCAGAAAUCCUACCAGGGGGGCUCGGUGCCCCACCCCUCAGGGAGGCCCACCCAUCACGGCUACAGUCAGAACCGGCGCUGGCACCACAGCAACAUGAAGCACCCACCCAGCGACAAGGGGGAGGCAGGCGCCCACCGCAAUGCCAAAGAGACCGUGACCGUGGAGAGCCCCAAACUUGAGGAUGCCCUGGGGGACACCGGGCACGGUGGCCUCGAGCCCCCCCGCAGUCCUGAUGGCCUGGCCCCAGCGGCUUCCGAGAGGCUGCCCCCGCAGCAGCCGGGAGCCCCAGAGGCUGAGACAAAGCGUAAAGACAGUAUUAUCCCCGAGCGCGUCGGGGAGCGGCCCAAAAUUACCCUGCUCCAGUCUUCCAAAGACAGGCUGCGGCGGAGGCUGAAAGAAAAGGUACCGGAUGAGGUGCCCGUGGAGCCCCCCAGCCCGCAGCAGAACAAGAUGGACAAGCUGAUCGAGAUCCUGAACAGCAUGCGCAACAACAGCAGCGACGUGGAGGCCAAGCUCACCACCUUCAUGGAGGAGGCCCAGAACUCCACCAACUCGGAGGAGAUGCUGGGCGAGAUCGUCCGGACCAUCUACCAGAAGGCCGUGUCUGACCGCAGCUUUGCCUUCACCGCCGCCAAGCUCUGCGACAAGAUGGCACUCUUCAUGGUGGAGGGGACCAAGUUCCGGAGCCUGCUCCUCAACAUGCUCCAGAAGGACUUCACGGUGCGGGAGGAGCUGCAGCAGCAGGACGUGGAGCGCUGGCUGGGCUUCAUCACCUUCCUGUGCGAGGUGUUCGGCACCAUGCGCAGCAGCACGGGCGAGCCCUUCCGCGUGCUCGUCUGCCCCAUCUACACCUGCCUCAGGGAGCUCUUGCAAUCUCAGGAUGUGAAGGAGGAUGCGGUCCUGUGCUGCUCGAUGGAGCUGCAGAGCACGGGCCGGCUGCUGGAGGAACAGCUGCCCGAGAUGAUGACAGAGCUCCUGGCCAGUGCCCGAGACAAGAUGCUGUGCCCCUCGGAGUCGAUGCUGACCCGGUCGCUGCUCCUGGAGGUCAUCGAGCUCCACGCCAACAGCUGGAACCCUCUGACACCCCCCAUCACGCAGUACUACAACAGAACCAUCCAGAAACUGACAGCCUGACAGCCGGGGGGCCUGGCGGGCGGCCGCAGGCAGCUGCGGCCCUGGUGCGCAGAGCCAGAUGGACAGGCAGGAGGACGGGGUGGCCCUGGAGGAGGAAAUGGGGAAGAAGGCAGGCAGAGCCGGAGGCCGGUCUGGAGCCAGGCGGGGAAGGGAUCGAAUCCCUAGGAGCACCCCCCACGCAGCACCCCCGCCCCAGCACGCGGCAGCUUCCCGCAUGUUUCUUUUUCACGGUGGCCCAGCCGCUGCCCCUCCUCACUCCUGCUCCUCCUGCUCCCUCCCAUCAAACGAGUCCCCGCAGGGCUUUUUGUGCAAGGGGUUUCAUCUUUGUGACUCCUCCUCUGAGGCCAGGCAGCCUGGCACACCAGGGUACCGCCGGGGUCAGAAUGGACCUCAGAAGGCUGAAAAAGUGGGUCGGAGACGAGCUUGCAUUGUUCCCGCAUGCUGUCAGCCACAGUCGCCAACUGGCAGCAGGCGACAUGUAGCAGAUGUCCGGGAGGACAAAGGCAGACACGGUCCCCACCAGCCGCCCGUAAUUGACGGCCUUUGUCCACGCGGUUGAGCUGGGGGACAGAGGCAUCCGUUCUCUUCCAACCUUCACGCUCCACCACCCCCCAGCUUCCAAGUCCUUCUCCUGGACCCCCAAGCUGCAGGCCCAGGCUGGGAGCAGGCGGGGGAGCCGGAGUUUGUAGUUCUACUUGCACUCUUUUGUUUUAUUGUGUUUUAUUUUUCAAAAGUCAGCUGCUUUGAAGUCUCCUCUCUCAAUGAAAGAGCCGGCGAUGCGAUCACACGGGCAGCAUCGAGGACCCCCUGAUUAGUGUGAGAUCAAACCCGCCCCCCCUGGAAGGAUUCUAGGCACAGACAGCUUGCCAGUAGCCAAUUAGGGUAAUUGGAAACUUCUGCCCCGGUGGGGGUCUCCCUGGAACUUGUGCCCCUGGCUUCCAGCACCUCCCUUCUCGUAUUCUUGCUGUGCUCUCUCAAAGGGCUGAUACCACCACGCUGGGAGUGCAUUCAGCCCCAUCCUGGCCCCAGGCCUUGUGGUGAACCAGGCACAGAACAGGCUGGCAAACUGAAACCAAACACUAGGGGAUGGCUCCUGCUCCACACACAGGUCUUGCCCCAAGCUCUGAGUGGGGGAGGUGGGGGUAUGGGCUGCCUGACUCCCCAGGACUUGGAGUUUAGCUGAAUGGGCUGUAUCGCUGCCCUGACCUCAUCACAGGCGAGAUCCAGGAGCCCAGCCCUCCCGCAGCCCAGGUCCAGGUGCUCCAGGAGGGCCCUGGGCACUGAGGCCCAGGGCUGUUGGGAAAGGGAGUGUCUGAGUCAUGAGCAGGACAGUCAGGUGACCAGGCAGGGAUGCCAGACAGCCUUCCAGACGGGGAACCAGGCUGAAGCUUCCUGGAGGAGUCAGGGCCUGGGAGCAGCCCCUUCUCUGUUGGAGGAAGCUGGGCGUCAGACUCUCGGAGGUUGUCCCUGGCCUCCGCACAGCCCCCCUUCCGGGUCUGGAGCCCACACUUUGAUGAGCCCCCAGAAAAUGACCUCAGCCCUGCAGCUUCCUCAUUGACUCCUUCACUGUGGCCGGUCACUCCCCGGGUCCCUGGAGGCAGGCUGGCCAGGAGGUGAGGGCGGGGGGAGGCUGCCCCUUGUUGACCCUGAGUCUGGGACAGCAGGCAAGGGGGGAUGGGCAGCUGGUGCCCUGGUACUCCUGGUACCCCACCAGCUACAGCCUGCCUGCCAGUGCCCGGGGCACAGGCUUACCUGGAACAGGUCGGUUGCCCCAAGCCACCCGUGGCCCCAGAAGCCUUCUUCCCAAGCUUUGCCUCACUGCCUUUCCUCAGCUUGCACCUUUAGCCCGGCCCGGGGCCCAGGGCCACCAGAGGCCCGCGGGAGGCCUUGAGGGAAGAGCUGGGCUGGUGGCAGGAGGCACAGAGGACACUGAGGAGCCGGACCACCCUUGCCAGGCCAGCAGCUGCUCCCUGACAGUCCUCAGAGACACCUGUGCCGAAAUGGGUCUUGCUUCCUUCAAGUGUGUAUGUGUGUGUGCGUGCGAAUGUGUGUGUGGGGGGUGCAUCUGCUGAGAACAAAACAGGGCCCCGGAGGAAGGGAGAGGCCUAGGAGUGGGGGCACAAGUUGAGGCAGGAGAAUGAGGUCUCCCACCUCCACCCCCUUUCAGAGACCACGCUUCAUGCAGGGCCCCCAGACACCGUGCCCUGCAAAGCCGACACAGGUGGCAGCAUGGGCACCGAGGGCCUCAUGCCCCUCCCUCCUAGCGGCCCUCCGUGGUGGUCUUGCCCCAAGGCCCACCCCUCCUGACCAUCAGGAUCAGUGUGAAGAAGUGAGAUAUAAAUAUGUAUACAUAUAUAAAUAUAUUUUUAAUUACGUGUCGUGUCGCAGUGGCUUCAGACAUAUGGUUUGCCUAGUUUAUUCCAUUGCUUGAAAGCACUUCCUGGCCAAUCUGAAAAACAGUUUAAGCUGGUUUUCUAAAUGCAGGUUGCUGCUACUUUUUCAGACAUGGAAGGAAAACGUUUAAAAAGGAAUAGUGUUUUUUAAGGAAAUAGCAGUAAAGCCUAAAAUCUGAGACUGAAACAGCUUUCCACGGGAGACGACUCAGACAGGAACUGGGGGACAGAGUGGGCACCCCACAGACCCCUCCCCAGGCUGCUGAGUGAGGAAGGCCAUACAUAUCCAAGUUGACCUCUGAAUGUAUUUGAUGGGGGCAAAACUGGAUAUUGCAUUUCUAAGGCUCGCGUUGUUUUCCCUCCUGGCCGCGGCUUUCUGGCCCCGAACAGGCCGAGUCCGGCCCUCUGAUGUUGAUUCUGUCUCGUCUCCCGCUGCCAGUCAAGACGAGGUAGUCAUUGUUUCCCUCGGGCAGCCUGCUUGCCACAGUCUCGCUCCCCUAGGCCUUGUGGCUUUGCCUGUGCUCUGGGACCACAGCCCCGAGAAGGCUCCUACCCUCCCCUAGACAAGGUGGGAGUCCCACCGUCCUCCGUGAGGAGUGCACCUCCAAGCCCAGUUCCGUCUGUCUGUCCUUCCUCAACCAGUCUGUAAACCUUUAAGGUUCGGGGUUCGUCCUGUCCAUCCAUGUAAAUGUAAAUGU